AUGCCAUUGGACGAGGGUGGAGUAGGAAAGAGCCAGAGCUCCCUUCCACCACUACUUAAGAAGCUCCCAUCACACUCAUCCUCCAACCUUUCUUCUUCCAUCAACCAACUCAUCAAACCACAUCUUCUCUUUCCAAACCAAACCAACCAACCACCAACCACAUUCAAAAUGUCUGCUCCCAACGCCAACAACCCUAACGAGGGUAUCGUCGGUCAGAUCGGCAACUCUCUCAACAACGCCGCCCAGUACGUCUCCGAGACUGUCCAGGGCACUGGCGCCACCGCUUCCAAGGAGGCCAACAAGGAGCAAGCCAAGGGCAACACUGCCGACUCCUCCAUCUCUGGCCGUGUCUCCGGUGCCAUGGGCGCCGCCUCCGACAAGAUGGACGAGAAGAAGCACGAGACCUCCGCCGAGGCCAACAAGCGCUCCAUUUAA